GUUUCCCAAUCUUUGGUUUUAGGAUGCCGUAUGUAGGCCACAAGACGCUUUCCAUCUGCUCUUCUGUGGCCAAAAGCUUUAGGAAGGGCACUGCUGGAAAGAGAGAACUGCACCAGGGACAGGGAUUACCAUGGCACACCGGGGCCAAGUGGAGACAUGAUCAUCCUCAUGCGCGCUCUUCUGUUGAUAUGCGCAUACUGGACAACUGUGCUGAUUGUCGGAAUCAGCUCAGAGGGGACUUGUCUUCAAGAUGGCAAACAUAAGGCCACACCCAGCCCAGAACCUCACCUGAAGGACUGCACGCUCUACGCAGACAACAGUUGCUGCACACAGGAAGACAUUCAGGAUUUCUCCCAUUCUCCCUCUGCCAGCAAUCAGAACGAACCCUGGGACAAGUGUGGGCCGCUGAGUCCUGCGUGUGAAGGCUACCUGAAGCGUGUGUCAUGUUUCUACCGCUGCUCGCCGGAUGCUGCUCGCUGGCCUCAUCCCCAUCGCCGCACUUACAUCCAGGCCGUGCCUCUCUGCCACAGCUUCUGCCGGGAUUGGUUUGAUGCGUGCAAAACAGACCUGACAUGUGCUCGUAAUUGGGCCACAGACCCCAGAGGGCACAACUGCACUGGAACCUGUGUUCAGUAUCAGCAGAUGUAUCAACAUGGCCGGGAUCUGUGCGAGAGCCUGUGGGGUGAUGCCUUCAUGACGGUUGAAGAUUCAUCUGAAGGGGUCGCAGAUGCCGGCGUGAACGGCAACCCCGGCAGCGGUCGCCCGUGUGGCUGCCUGACCCUCAGUCCUUCCGACAAGGAUGUGAUCUCGGCCCUCCGGGCCCACCAGGAUGACCCGGAAGAGCUUGAUACCACCAAAACCGGGCUGCCUCCGUAUAUGUCUCCCUGCCAGACCAAGCUGCCUCCGCAGACGAGGAGCGGCAGGAAGGGGAAUUCUGUCCUGCGUAAACGUUCCGUCAUUGUGGACGACGGAGAGGGAAGUGGAAGUGGCCUGUAGAAAAUAAAAAGGAGUCAAAAUAUUAGAAAUAAUUGUCUAGCUGUUACUAUACAACUUGUAUCAAAGUGGAGUUUGGACCACACUCCUCUCACACUAUUAUGUGCUGUAGUCAGAAGUUCUGGACCAAACUCGUUGUGCCGUGUGUUUGACAUGAAAUAAUUCAAAGAGAAAAAGUUCACAGCAAGUAAGGGUUUAAUGAAUCUAAGUGACUGGGAUAGAAAGGGUGUGAUAUGAGAAUGACAGUGGAAAGAUAUCAUUCAUAUCAGGAGGAAGGUUUAAUAAUCAUAUUUCAAAUCUGCUGAGCAAUUAUAGGCUAAAUCCGCAGAGAGGCUGAGAUAUUAAUAUUCUGGUAGCUUGGUCCUCAAUGUCCUGUAAAUGUUUCUAUUCUGAUUACAGUAUGAAACGCCAUUAGAUGUAGAGGGGUUUUUUUUAAGUCAAAAUUCCCUUAAUUGGUGUUGUGUGAUUUUCAUUUUGUUCUCAAUAAAGCCUAC